CGCAGGUUUCUGUGGAGCAGCGACCGGAAGUGGUCUGUGUGAGUGAUCGUCGGUACCGGACUGCCUCCCUCCCGGACUCGGACUGAGCAGAACUGUACCCCCUGUGAUGCCCCUGGGCGGGCUGAGAGCUGCUCGGGGUUGCGAUGCCUUACGUGGACCGACAGAAUCGUAUCUGCGGCUUCCUGGACAUCGAGGAGAAUGAGAGCAGCGGGCGCUUCCUGCGGAGGUACUUCAUCCUGGACACGCAGCAGGGGAACCUGCUGUGGUACAUGGACAACCCACAGAACCUUCCCAAAGGAGCAGAUAACGUCGGCUCGCUCAGUCUGGCCUACAUCUCCAAGGUCAGCGAUGCCACCAAACUCAGGCCGAAGGCAGAGUUCUGCUUCGUCAUCAACGCUGGCAUGAGGAAGUUUUAUCUGCAGGCCAACGACCAGCAGGAUUUAGUGGAGUGGAUCAGCGUGCUCAACAAUGCCACUAAGAUAACAGUGCCAAAGCCCGGAGAGAGCGCGGCUCACACUGAAACUCCUCAGGAAGUUCUGGGAGCCAUGAAACAGGUUUCCUACAAGACGGAGAUCAUUGGAGGAGUGCCCAUCAUCACUGCCACACAGGAGAAGGGGGAGGGGCAGAACGGGGCAGAGCGAGGAGUGGUGAAGCGAGGUCAGAACCAGCUGCCCUUCUUCCUGUCCAGAGGAGUUCAGGACCACACGGUCAUCAAGGCCGGAUACUGCGUCAAACAAGGAGCUGUGAUGAGGAACUGGAAGAGGAGAUACUUCAUGCUGGAUGAAAACGCCGUCAGCUACUAUAAAUCAGAGUCGGACAGGGAGGCGCUGCGAGUGGUCCCGCUGAAAGAGAUCCACAAAGUUCAGGAGUGCAAACAGAGCGAGCUGAUGAUGAGGGACAACCUGUUCGAGGUGGUGACCAGCUCCAGAACUUUCUACAUACAGACUGACAGUCCGGAGGACAUGCACAGCUGGAUUAAAGCCAUCUCAGGGGCCAUCGUGGCUCAGCGUGGCCCCGGACGAUCCGCUAACACUAUCCGUCAGGCCAGAAGGUUGUCCAGCCCGUGUAUACAGAGGUACUUCAGCUCUGGUCAAUGCAGCAUGAGCACAGCGACAACUCCUCCCCCUCCCCAACGGCCUCCUCCGUCUUCUACUACCCCCUCGAGCCGGGGCCGCCCUCCUCUUCCUGCUCCUCCUCCUCCUCCUGCGGCUCAGCGGGUGCUCAGCCUGACGCUGGACUCCCGCCACCGCCAGGACGACUUCCUGGGCCUCCUCCCGUGGAGGCUGAGCGGCGUGCAGUCGGUGAUGGUGCCCCUGCCGCCGGCGCGCUCCCGCCUCUCCCUGCAGGAGACGCUGCAGCCGUCGAAGUGAGGCGGGAGGAGGCGCAGAGCAGGAGCAGGGGGCUCCACCAGCAGGAGGAGACCAGGCCGGAUUUGGUGAUGACCCUCAUGUGAGGAGCGAAGGAAGGAAGGACAACACACCCACACCCACACACACACACACACCCGCUUUGACUGUGGACCCCCUUCUGAUCACUGAUUGGCCGAAACAAGGUGCUGGCCACGCCCACUCCCUCCAACGUGUGAUAUUUUCCCAGCUCUCCUCCAGAAUUAAAAUCUAACAUCUGUUCUGUUUACAUGACAUUUUCAUGUGAAAAAGAAACACUUUUGUGUUUUUAGUGUUAAAGGAAACUAUUGUAAACACAACUCAGCGUGCAACUUUUUGAAAAAGCUCCAUCUCCGUCUCCGUGCGAAUGGGAGAAAAGGCACCUUUUUGAUAACAUACGCUCAUUGUUAAUGUUUAUAGCAUGUUGUUCUCUGUGUGUGGAUUCCAUUCCAAACAGCAGCGCCCACUGGUGGCCUGGCAUGGUAGCUACAUCAUGUGUAAAUCACGUGUAAACACAAACAUGUCGCACUUUCACCUGAACAGUUGUCGUGUAAAUGGGGCUUUAGUGUGAUGUUUUUUGUCACUUUGGAGCAGAAGAAGGUGUACGCUGCUUUAUCUGAAACAUUUGAGACAUUGCCUUCAUGUAGACAACUCAAAACAUAGCAAUACUUUUGAAAAUGUCCAGAACGUUAGCAAAACAAUAAUUUGGUUCCAAUUUUAUUUUUUGCCUUUUUUUUUUUUUUUUAUGGACGUAAAACCAAUAGUUUGAAUGAAAUGCUCAUUUUGAAAAACUAAACUUUUUGUAAAAACAAAUUACAAGCUGUAAAAUCCAUUAUUUGGAGUCACAUGUGCAACAAGCUGUAUGAAAAGAUUUAACAUAUUCUAAACUAACUAACCAGUUUAGUUAUCAGCAGUUUCUAAAGUAAAGCUUGUCCGCCAUCACCAACAUCUAGAGCCGUGGACCACUCUGGUGGUCUCUGGUGGUCUCUGGUGGUCUCUUGACUCAGACUUCCUAAAACCAUUUCUCGUCUGUCUUCCUGUGUGUUUGUUGGUUAAAAAAACUGAAGAAAAAAAAAAUCUUUAGAACAUUUUGAUCUGUCAGAGAAAGGCAGGUGUUCCUGAUCUGUGUGUGAAACAAACCAAAGUUUCUGAGUGGACUUCCUGGUUCCGGGUUCGGCCUGCCGUUGUGGAGCACUGAAGUUCAGAUUGACUCAAGCUCGCUUUAAAAUGAUUCACUCAGGAUUUAAAUGCAGUUUUGUUACUCGUGGUUACAGAUGUUGCUCUUGUUCCGCUUUUUGAGGACUUUUAUAAUAUAUAUGCAUUACAGUCACAUUUUGUUUGUGUGAGUCAGUGUUGGGACUCUUACAAGAAGGUAAUACUUGAAUAGAGUUAAAAAGUUGUGGACUUUGUACUUAAACUAGAUAAUUCAUUGUUAACAUCUUGAAAGAACUUGAGAUCUAGUACCUGAUUAUAGUUAACUACUGAAAUAUUUUUUUUCACCUGCUUUCAUUCAAGAGUCUGGAAGAAAAAGAAUCUAACCGUCACUUAAACAUGCUAAUGCUAAUCACAGCCAUUGUGGAUACAGGCUAACGCUAACUUAUAGUGGGACAGGAUUCGUGGAUUUGUAAGCAAUAGGCAGUAAGCAGGUGUUUGGUGGAAUUAUGGAUCAUCAGGACAAUCGCUCUGGCUAACGCUAAUGCUAAUAGCCACCUCAGGGAAAAGGACAGAGAGACAGCAGCUCCAAAAAUGUUCAGAAUUGUCAGUUCCUUUGUAAAAAAAAAAAAAAAAAAAAAGAAAAGAAAAGAUAUCACAUUCUGUACCUU